AUGAAUCCAAUAGAUCCUCAAACUUUUGAUCAUCGCACGGCUCAAAUUUCUACUGGUCGCCUUUAUCAUUUUAUCGACCAGAUCCCGAAGGAUUACGAUCCAACUCGCCCACCACUAAUUUGUUUACAUGGCUUUCCUGAUUCUUGGUUCGGAUGGCGGCACCAAAUUGGUCCAUGGUGUCGACAAGGCUUCCGUGUGAUUGUUCCAGAUAUGUUAGGCUACGGCGAAACCGACAUGCCCCAGAAUUCUUCAGCGUAUUCUACGAAAAAUAUUUGCAAUGAUAUUUCUGCACUUCUUGAUUUCUUAGCGAUACCCAAAGCCGUGGUAAUUGGUCAUGAUUGGGGGUCAUACACUGCUGGAAGAUUUGCUUUGUGGCAUCCGGAUCAGAUCCACCAUCGACGAGAUGUCCCUAGGUUAUCUAUUCCAUAUGUUCCUCCGAAGGAACAGCAUAUGUCUGUCGAGGAAAUGGCCAGAAAAUAUCCAUCCUAUGGAUAUCAAAUGUACUUUGCGUCCGAAUCAUCAACAUCCGAGGUCGAGGAAAACCUCGUCCCCUUUCUCGGUAUAGUGUUCAGAACACCUGAGAAGGCAUUGUCGUGGUCAAAGUUGGACGAACUGAUCACCAAUAAGCAAAUAAAUUUUACCAACGAUUGCCUCCUCAAUGAGCAUGAAUUACAAUUUUAUGUUUUUCGUUUUCAGCGCGGCAUGCGAGGGCCUUUGUCUUAUUACCGAACCACGAAAAUGCGAUUCGAAGAGGAGAAAGAGGCUCAGCUACCUGCACAUCUACUGCCGAAUCUUCCCGUUCUCUUCAUGUAUGGAACCAAGGAUGCUACGUGUCCUCCGUCGGCGGUUCAAAAUGCCCACAAAUUCAUUUCACGACUCAAUACCGCGCAGGAUCGUGUUACAACGCAAGUCUUGCGAUUCCUUUCGUCUCUAGGAUCAGCCCAGCAAUCUCGAAUGUAA